AUGGCUGGCGAUCGGUUGUACCUAUUCACACACGAGGCGAAUCUCCCAGUGGAUUAUAUGUUUUUCCGAAAGUUAAGUCGGCAGAUCACAGCCCCGGGACAGACUGGAAUUGUGUCAGAAUUUAUACUCUUCUUUGAUUGUCCAGAGGAGGAAAUGGAGAGGCAUCUGUUGAGUAGGAACCAUAUAAAUGCUGCAAACCCAGUUGAAGAAGUGUUUGAGGCUGUACAAGCAGUGUUUGGGCGAGUUAUACAAUUUAAAUAA